UUGGCCACCCCUGCUUGGGCUGGAGGAGGAGGGCCAGGGCAGGUGGCAGCAGCAGUGCCAGGAGCCGUGCCAGGGCUGCCUCGGGUGGGGCUGCUGGCUCUCCUUCCUCCUCCUCCUCCUCCUCCUCCUGCUCUUCCUUUGCUCCGAAGCGGAGGAGCCUGGUCCUGCGGAGCAGCCCCAGCAGCGCCAGCCCAGAAGAGCCCUCUGGCCCCGAGGAGGGCCAUGCCCUGCCGCCUGCCUCCCUGCCCAGCUGCGGGAAGGCCAUGGGCAACCGCUGCCCCGGGAAAGGGAACUGUCCUUCGCCAUUCAAGAGAAAGAAACAAAAAACAAGUACAAGAACCAGUAAGCAGAGUAUACAGCACCCAGAGAACAAAAAGGGUGUUGACGUAGCUCCGGUUUAUGACGACGUGUCCGAGUUCCCCGUCUACGCCACCGUGAACAAAUCCAAGCCCACGAAGCGUGAUGACAGCAGUGUGCAUUAUGCAGACAUCCAGGUCUUCAGCAAAAUCCGGGAGCGUUCGGCCGAAGAGGUGAAAAGCCUCCAGUCCCAGAAUACGACGGAGUACGCCACCCUCAAUUUCCCCUGUGUCACCCCAAAAUACGACAGCAAAAACGGGACUCUCGUGUAAAGGCAGGAAGCUUUUCUGCUUUUGCCAACAGAAAUAAGGUGGAUUUCAUGCCUGAUGUCCUGAUAUGCUCAGCUUUCUUGGUGCCUGAGACCAUUUUGAAGGGCUCUGUCUUUUGCAAAACAUUGUUUUAAUGCAAGCCAAAGGUGUGCCAAGGAAAUGACUGAUAAGGAUGAGAUAACAGGAGAUAUACCUGAGGAAAAUGGAGUCUCUCCUGCAUGUCCCCUUUGCAGUAUGUAGAGGUCAAGGCAUGAGAUGAAGUGGACAGAAUCGGAAACUUUGGAGGAAAGACUACUGAUGUUUGCUCUGGACUUAUUUCUUUGCAAAACCAAGAGUCGCUCCCAUUACCAGAUUAAGGAUAUUCAUUAUGACAUUACGGCUGAAGAGUGAUAUUAAGGACAUAAUAUGAGAGCGGUUGACUUAGUAAACAGGUACUAAAAUAAUCUAAAACAUGACUGCAAGAAAUUGUGGAACAAUUUUUAUCUGAAUUCAGCAAUAAAAUCCCAUUCACAUCUAGAGGAUUAUUCUUAUAGGAGAGUUAUGCAUCGUCAAAUCAUUUGCUUGUGGGAAAUUUGGGGCAUAGCCCCUUCUACCCGAAAGACCGUGGUAGAUAUUUAUUUUGUCCAGUAUAAGAAGGAUAUUUAAUAUUUGGCAGCUUAGUCCUUGUUGUUACUUUUGGCAAAAUGAUUGUAUUCCCCUCCACUUACACUAGCAGCAGUCUGUAAAGGAUAUAGGUGGCAUAUAUUGUACCAUGUCAGUGUAAGAUGUAACAGGUUUUUCUGUUUUGUUUUUUAAAGAAUGGGGUUUUAUACUAAUUUUGAAGCAGGGAGAUCACCACAAGGUGAUUUUCGCCAUCUGGUUUCAGGAUAGGGACAUUGUCUUGAGAAAGCAUUGCUAUGAGGCAAAUUGCCAUUUUCCUAAAUUUCACUUGGUUUUUCGCUGUUAUGAUGGCCAAAUAGGAUUAUUCUCAGAGCACUUUUCCAUCACUGUCCUUUGAGGCUGAGAGAGUAUAGCUUGCCCAUGGUCACCUAGUGCUGAGCAGGGAUUCGAAUCUUGGUCUCCCAGGCUGCAUCCGCACUGCAGGAAUAAUACAGGUUGACACUGCUAUAAAUGCCACAACUCGAUGCUAUAGAAUUCUGGAAACUGUCAUUUUGUGAGACAUUUCGCCUUCUGUCAGAGAGCUCUGGUGCCACAACAAACUACAAUUCCCAGAAUUUGACAGCAUUGAGCCAUGGCAGUUAAAGUGGUGCCAACCUGGAUUAUUUCAGUAGUGCGAAUGCACUGCCAGUGACCCAAUCUAGCACUCCGACCUUUAAAUCAUGCCAGCUGUAGCAAGUUGUUAAUCUUUAAUAUAGACGAAAUUGUGCCAUCUUCCAGGGGAGAAAAAUUGGUGCGGAAGAGCAAGGAGCAUAAAAGACCCCACUUUGUCAUCUUCUGCUUUUGGGAACAUACCAAUGUAUAAUUGCAUUAACCUGUCACAAAUAAAUUAGCUCUGAUUUAUUUUAUUAUUAUUUUUUACACCUGGCAAAACUAGAAA